AUGGAGGACAGCUGUUGUCCUGGAAACACCACCGCCAGUCCCGAUGUGCCCGCCUUCUCCAUAUACUCAAACACUGGUCGCUUCCGCAGAGGCAUCCCUUUGCCCAGCUCCUGCCGGAGCAGAACGUGGCAACUGGUUACAUGUGAAGAAAAACGUCAGUCAUCCGGCAGUGCCCCCAGUGACUGUGAAACUGCUUCUUGCCAAUCUACCUGCCUUCCAGCAACUUCUUGUGUGGGUUUUGUUUGCCAACCCAUUUGCUCCUGCAAAGGUUGCUACGAACCCGGGGCUGGUCAGCCUUCUUGUCCAGUCAGCUCCUUCCAACCCUCCUGUUCAGAAUCCACCAGCUGCUGUGAAGACAGCUCCUGCCAACAAAGCUCCUGCCAGGACACUGUCUGCAUGUCUGGGUCAGGCCAGGUAGCUUAUGACCAACCAGCCUGCUGCGACCCGAGGUCCUGCCCAUCCUCCUGCUGUGAGGUAACCCCCUGUCCCGAAACGUCUUGCCCACCCACUGGGGCAGGCCCCUGUCAGCCAACUUGCUGCCAAGCAGGUUCAUGUCAACCCAUCAGUGGUGAAGGUCAGCCCUGCCAACCAGCUUACUACCAACCCAUCUGCUACAUUUUCAAACCUUGCCAAUCGGUUGUCUCCAUGCCUGUUCCCUGCCAGCCGUCGACGUGUGUGUUCAGUCCUUGCACUCCUGCUUGCUAUGUGUCCUCCCCUUGCCAGCCGCUUCACUGCCAGGCAGUUCCUUCCAUGUCCUUCAUCUGCCAGCCAGUGGUGAGCUGCCAGCCACCAUGUUCUGCAAAGAACCCUUGCAAACCAGCUUCUGGGGGCACCAUGUGUUCCAGUCAGCCAGCUUGUGGUGGGCCCACUCCCUGCGACCAAAGUGGCUGCAAAUCCCCUCCCUGCCAACCAGCUUGCUGCGUGACAGGCUUUGGCAACUCCCCCAGUGGUGGCUCCAGUGGCUUUCAACCAGCUCCCUCAAGUCUCUGCAAAACCAGCACCUGCUUGCCAGGUCCCUGCCAACCCGGUCACGAGUCCGGUGUCUGCAAGGCCACAGCUCACUGA